AUGACACGCACUUACCGGAAAUCACCCACAGACGAAGGUACUUCUCAUGUUCGUCUGCAGGACUUGUUCCGAGUGGGCGUAAGACCGGUUGUUCCGUUGUUGCCGUAUCCGAUGUGGUGUGUCGCAGCAUGCUAUAAAUGGACAUUUACGAUCAUCAGUGAACACUGUGUCACUCAUCAGAUCGGAAAGGAUCAUAUGAUGCCUGGACGGUUUGUAUUGGCCACCGCCAUUUUCCUGGUCGUUUUCGGGUGCCAUUUGUCAUCUAUCAACGCAAGCAAACUUCAGCGGCCCAAACGAUGGGCUUGGCACGAAAUCCAGAAAUGUGGCAAAAUACAAGGUUACAGCUGUAUGAAUCAUUCAAUGUGCCAAGAGAAAUAUGGUCGGGAUGACAUGAUGUGCUUUGAAGUCUAUCCCUGCCUUAGCUCGUGUAUUUUUGCCGCUCAGCUCAUGAAUAUGGAACUCUUGAAGCAGCAUAUCAAGCAAGUGGUCUACGACGGUAUACCACUGAACACACAUCCAGACCCCGUGGGCUAUAUCAGGUCAAUGAAUCAGAAGACCGGACAAACAGGCACCAGAGGAUGGAGACGGUGACGAUUUUUUGGGCCACACUUCUGUGGACCUGUGUACACUUUGGACCGCUCGUGCAGCUAAAAGAAAUGCUGAAAACGCU